AGGGCGCAGCAGGUCCGGCUCGAUCGAGCUGGUGGAUCGGCUUGGGAUCGGGAGGCUCCGCCAAGGCGCGGGCCGCGUUUGGUAGGGCACGCCCAUGGGGCAGACCGGGUCGUGACAGACAUUGGCCUCGUGAUGACGGAGAAGGGCAAGGGUUAUUGCAAGGUGCAAAGUGUUGGUGGUGUUGGUGGUGCUGCUUCGCCACUUACCUCGUCCAGACAGUCUGCCGGAACGGCCUCCACCGAGAAGGUGGAUCCGGCCGAUGGCAGCAGUCCAGGAUCGGCGGGUAGGAGGUCGGCCUUGAGAGGCACCAGCAUUCAGCGGGCCUCGAGCACCGUCAGCUUCGCGACGGACAUGCCCGAGAUCCACGAAGUGCCGUCGUACAGGACCUACCGCGACCAGCUGCCCGACUACGCCCACGAGGACGACGACGGCUGCCUGUGCGAGGACGACUGCGACUGCGGUCGGGGCUGCAGGUGUGUUGUUCAGUGACAGAGCUGGCUUUUCCUUUGAGCUCUGCCAGGGCCGACCGUGCCCGGGGCGGGCGGCCCCAUUGGCCAGGGCGGGCGGCCCCACCGAGUGCAGCCGCAGUUUUUGGGCUGGCACCCAUACUAUAUACCGAAGCCUGCUUGUGUUCCUGUUUGCCUUUGCCUUUCUCGCAGUCUCUCCCCCUCGUCCUCAUGAUAAUUCCUCCUCCUCCUGUCUCCCUCCCCCCCGACCCGCCCAAGUAGCCGGGCUUCACCGGAGGACACGUCUCCCGAGCAGGC